AUGGCUCCUCCACAUCUACCAAACGAUGUUGUUCAGAAUAUACUUGCUUAUUUACCAAUUAAAGAUAUUUUUUCCUUGCGAAGAGUUAACAGAGAUUGGUAUUCUAUCUAUGAACAUGCCAUUAAACAACAUUUAUCUCUUUUCAAUGUCAAAAUAUCAGUUACGAUUGGACCACAAAAGAAAACCAUAGAACCCUCGCUUUCAGUUGCUCUCGAAUGUGUUGGUUUCGAUUUAGAUUCAAGGGUUUUUACUUUCACACCUAUCCCUAAUGCCAAACCCAUUUAUUGUAAACCAAAUCUGCUUCGUCAAGUAAAAAUAUCGUUUGACGAAUGGAAUACAAAAAAUAGUAACGGAAAUACUACUCCAUUAGAAGGUACUCUGGAAACUGAUGACAAUAGUUUGAAUAUAGGAUACAUUGAACAUCCAUCAGAUCCACAAGCUCAAGAGCUUUUAAAAUACUCAAAUCUUCGAUUCCACAAAUUUUAUGUUGAAGCUGAAAAAAAGUCUUAUUACUUAGAGGAGACACCUGAGAAAGAUGGAGAAAUUGAAACAUAUUUAGGUGAUAGAGAUAUGAUUUUAAAAUGUAAUAUCAAAGAUUCUGUUAUUCCUGAAGAAGAAAUUUUUGGUGUUGAUGAUGAAGAGGAAGAAGAUUUAGAAUCAAAUAAAUAUUCUUCUGUUGAAGUCGAAUUUGUUCAAGUUCUUACAUCAUGGCUUGUUGGAGGGACCACUAUAAAUAAACUUCCUCAAGAAUUUCAUAAACAAAUAUAUCCUCAAAGAUAUUGCCUUCUUGAUAAAAUCACUUCUGAUGAUAGCAUUUUGAGAUAUAAUCGUUAUUGUCCAUCAGUAUUAAAAUGGAUAUUAUCAGAUAAUUUAAAAGAUGAUAGUGAAACUAAGCAACUUUGUUUACAUCUUCAUGUUACAAAAGGAGAUUUCACUAUUCGAGAUAAAUUUGAAGAAGCUUUAGAAGAAAGAAGUAUUGACAGACAACUUAUGUGGAAGUAUUCAUUUGUUCCAAGAUUUUUCGUUGAUCCCGAAAAUUCUUCUGAUACUUUUGAACAAAUUUUAGAUAGAUUUUCCAGAUCAGUUAAAAGUGAAGAUAAAAAUAGAUCCCCAAAUAUGAGUAUUAAUAACAAAACUUCAAAUACAAAUAAGAGCACAGAUAAUACAGAUAAUAAUAGUAAAACUUCAAAUAGAUUUUUUGGUUUAAGACUUCCCGGAUUUUCAUAG